UAAUGUUUUCCUACACUUAUUUUUAGCCUAUGGCAGAAAAUAAGAGUGUGUAAACCAAAACCUUUUGUUUGUUGUUAUUUCCCUUUUUCCUUUCUUUCUUUGGUCAAACUUAGGGCAUCCCAUGAACCCCAUAUCACCCCUAAUACACCUUCUUUGCAUAAACCACAACCAAACAAAACACUUCAAUUCCCUCAUUUGAGAGUCAAGGAUACCAGGCCAAAACCACUCCCUUAUUUCACACAAUAAACCCACCAUUACCAGCCAAAACCCCUCUCUUAUUCCAUAUGUCAAACACCUCUGCAAUCAUCACCAAUGAAGAGCUGUGGGCCUCGAAUACAGAACUCAAGACCCAAGUGGAGUACUUGGCUAAGCAGAUUGCUCAACUCACCAAAUUCAAAAUGAAUAUGAUGAAUACCCCUGAAGAAAGUGAAGAUGAGCAAGAGGAAGAAGCCCAAUCAGAAACUCAUCGUUGUCCCACAAGGAGAAACAACCAAGAGAAGUCAUCUACUGAUUUCAAAGUUGAAAUCCCAACUUUUGAUGGCAAAGAUGACCCCGAUGAUUUCAUAGAGUGGUUAGAGACGAUUGAACGUGUCUUUGACUAUACCGAGGUAUCGGAGGAUAAGAAGGUCAAGCUUGUGGCCUUAAAAUUCAGAGGCUACGCAUCUACGUGGUGGACUAACACUACCACCAAGCCCAAAAGAGAAGGCAAGGCUGCUGUUAAAACAUGGACCAAGAUGAGAGCUUUAUUGAAGAAGAAGUUCAUUCCUACUCAUUAUAUAAGGGAUAACUUUGCUAGGCUUCAAAACCUACGGCAAGGAAAUCAGUCCGUAGAAGAGUACAACCGAGAGUUUGAAGAACUCUUGAUGCGAUGUGAUCUUCAAGAGAAUGACUCACAAACCUUUGUGAGAUAUUUAUUUGGUUUAAACACCCAAAUAGCCAACACCGUGGAGCUGCAAAAUUUUGAAAGCCUUGAAGAUUUAACAAAGCUAGCCCUAAAAGUGGAAGCUCAACUCAAGAAAGGCAAGUCCCCCUUGAACCAAGAUGGGAAGUUCCGAAUUGAGAAGUUCGAUGGUACAGAUUUCAGUUGGUGGAAGAUGCAAAUUGAAGAUUUGCUGGUUCAGAAAGAUUUGGACGUGGUAUUGGGUGACAAGCCUGAAAAGAUGUCGGAUGCAGAUUGGGCAGGUUUGGAUCGGAAAGCAAUGUCCGUGAUCCGUCUCUCGUUGACCAAGAAUGUUGCGUUCAACAUUCUGAAGGAGAAGACAACGAAAGGAAUUAUGGAAGCACUGACUAACAUGUACGAGAAGCCAUUUGCAGCUAACAAAGUUUUUAUGAUCAGAGAGCUGGUGAACACAAGGAUGAAAGAAGGCACUUCAGUUACCGAGCAUAUCAACAAGUUGAAUUCGAUCUUAGCCAGACUUUUGUCAGUGGGCAUUAAGUUCGAUGAUGAAGUUCAAGCCUUACUAUUGCUAUCGUCUUUACCUGAUAGUUGCGGUGAAGCAUUGCAGAUUCUGGUUAAUGGAGACUUUGGAAAGGGACAUGAGGUGAAGUUCAGAGAUGGGCAGUGGAAGGUCGUGAAGGGAAAUCUUGUCAUGGCCCGUGGAAAGAAGAGAGGUUCGUUGUAUAUGGUCGAGUUACCAUCUGAGGGAGUGACCGCCCCAGUUCAGAAGCGAAACAAAGUCCGGUUCACAGAGUCUCGUGGGCAGAAAAAGGUUGUCUAUGCAAGAGAGAAACUUAGAGCCACAGGUCAGACUCAGGAUGAACGAGCGUGGAAAGGUUCAAGGGGACUAGUCAGAGGUAUUUGUGGCAGUGGGAGCUCAAGAGGCGCUUCAGCCAAGUUGCCUAGAAGACAGUGGGUCAGGAGAACAAGUAUUCCAGCUGUUGGAACAUCUCCAGAAAAUUUCUUGCUGAGUACGGAGAAUGUUUGUUCUCAGAAUGUUCCAAGAUCCGGCAGUGUGCAUCUGCAGUGGGAGCCGGUAGGGACCGAGGACGAGUCAGUGGCAGAUUUAGCCAUGACUGAUGUGUUGGAGCUUGAGAGAGCUUCAACGGGCCUUUUAGUUGUCUGAUGAGAGGGCCGCUGCAACAGGAGAGUUAAGGAAGAUUACUCAAUGUACAGGCGAUCGUGGCGGAUGGCAGUUGAUGAUUAUCAAGCCUCCAAGUGGGAGAAUAUAUUGGAGAAGAAAGUAUCUCAAGUUUCAUAUAUGAUUUUACUACUAGCAUUCCAAAUUUAAUGGUGAGGACUUCUACUGUAUCAUAUA